GGAGUGAGAGGCCACUACAGACAACAUGACUGACUAUGAAGCUGCCAUAGCCUUCCUUGGGGAAUGGGGACGCUUCCAGCAACAGGUGUUUUUCCUCCUCUGUCUGAGCAUCAUCCCUAACGGUUUUACCGGCAUGUCCAUCGUGUUCAUCGCAGAUACGCCGCGCCACCGCUGCAUCAUCCCCGCGCACGCCAACCUCAGCGCCGCAUGGAGGAACAGCAGCAUCCCGCUGGAGGAGGAGAGCCACAGCGGCGCCCUGGUGCUCAGCAAGUGCUCCAGAUACAAACUUGAAGAUGUCCGGAGAUUUUCGGAGAGAGGCUUGCUGCCUGGCGUCGAUGUUAACAUGUCUAAUGUGCCGACUGAAAGUUGCUUGGAUGGGUGGGAGUACGACCAGAGCGUGUACAUUUCUACCAUCACAUCUGAGUGGGACCUGGUGUGUGGUGACAGGUGGAAGAACCCACUGACUUCUUCUCUGUACUUCUGUGGUGUCCUCACUGGCUCCUUCAUUUCGGGACAGCUCUCUGACAGGUUUGGGAGGAAAAUUGUGUUGUUUGUUACCAUGGCAGUCCAGACAGUGUUCACAUUAAUCCAGGUCUUCUCCCCAUCCUGGACCACGUUCUGUGCCCUGUUCUUUAUCGUCGGUUUGGGGCAAAUCUCCAACUACGUGGCUGCAUUUGUGCUUGGUACAGAGAUACUGGGCCCACGUGUUCGAACAAUUUUCUCCACUGCGGGUGUGUGUCUUUUCUUUGGUUUUGGCUACAUGCUGCUGCCGAUGUUUGCUUACUACAUCAGAGAGUGGAGGAUGCUUCUCCUCGCCCUAACUCUGCCUGGCUUCCUCUAUGUGCCUCUUUGGUGGUUCAUCCCAGAGUCUCCUCGGUGGCUGCUAUCUCAGGGAAGAGUGGAAGAGGCUGAGGCCAUAAUGAGAGAUGCUGCUAGGAGGAACAAAAUAGAGCCUCCGCCAGUCAUCUUUGGUCCUUUGCAGAAAGAACUUCAAUGUGAGAAGGGGAAGGCCCACAACAUCUGUGACCUGCUUCGUUCCCGAAACAUCCGCUGGAUCUCUGUCACGCUGUGGCUGGUCUGGAACACCUUGACCAUUGCUUAUUUUGCCCUUUCUCUGAAUACGGCUAACCUUUACGGUAGCGCAUACUUCAACUGUUUCCUGUCGGCUGUGGUUGAGAUUCCAGCCUACACUUUGUCAUGGGUUAUGUUUCGCUGGUGUUCCAGACGACUGACUCUUUUCUCAACCCUCUUCAUGGGAGGAUUGUUUCUACUCUUCGUACAGCUUAUACCAGCAAACCUGAUUUCUCUCGCCAUAACACUCGAGAUGAUGGGGAAGUUUGCAGUGACAACAGCAUUUGCAAUUGUGUAUGCAUAUACAGCAGAACUUUAUCCAACUGUGGUGAGGAAUACGGCUGUGGGCACCUGCUCCAUGGCCUCCCGAAUAGGCAGCAUCAUUGCUCCAUACUUCAUUUACUUGAGAAGCUAUUCCGUUUCACUGCCUUACAUCCUCAUGGGAAGCAUUACAACUCUGUCAGGGUUGCUGAGUCUCCUGCUGCCUGAGAGCUAUGGAAUGCCUCUGCCUGACACCAUCAGUCACAUGCAACACUUCCCCGGAUGUUGUCAGAAGACACCUUAUAUACUCACACACACUGAAGAAAAAGAAAACGAUGCUGAAAAAAAGUCUCCAGUUGUCCCUUGACCAAGGAGCAGCACUGAUAUCCAGCUUGAGGCAAAUAACUGGACAAACAUCAUGUCUCUGUCCAUCUAUCUGGUAAAUGGUAAAAAUGUGUGCCGCAACAUAUCUCUACAACACUGGAGCGAUGUUUUCUCUGCAACAGCAUCAAAAUACUGUAAAAUUAAAAAUGUGACAAUCCUCUGUGCAGUAUACAUGCUCAGCACUAAUGUAACUGUUACCAUAAUUACACAAUACUGCUGUUCAAUGUAAAAUGUGGAAACAAUGAACUUCACAUGAUCAUAAAAUACACAAUACACAAUUUCAUUCAAAUAAUCUGAUGCCAAUUUAAUAAGAACCAGUCGUAGCCAUAUUUAGGGUUUUAUGGUACAAAAGUAUUUAGAGUGUUUCAGUUUCUAGUGGAUAUCUUUGUGAUUUAAAAUCUAAUUAGCUUCACACAUGUUUAAGUAUUUUUUGUGUUUUAUUCUUUUAAUUUCUUGGUAAUUUUAUAAGUAAAAACAGUAAAAAUGACACUAGGUUAGUAGUACAAUACCUCACGUAAGUAAUGUUUUAGACAAUCAGAGUUGACUCUCACAAAGCACCACAGGUUUCGAAUGUUCUUUUCUUGUGAUGAAUGGGAACUUCAUACUGUUGGGACAAAAGACAAAUAAAUUAAUCAUCUGGUAAACUUCAAACAUCAUCAUUCCAUCCGUUCAGUCAUGAUGAUGAUGUUGAUGAGGGUGACUGGAUGUGGUUGUUAUAUUAAAAGAAUAAACUGACAAUUGUGUUGUUUUGUCUUC